AGUUCGCUCGGUAUUAUUAUCAUCGAUACAUGUCAAGACUCUCAGCUCUGCCGUCGCAUUAAUCCCCGUCUCAUUACUCGCCGCGAGCGCGCCCCUGAUUCCAUUUAUAAAGGGUGGUUUCCUUUCAUGAUGAGACCAAGGACCCUAAUGUUUAGUAUUGCCAGUCAUUUGCUACAACUUGGCGCGAGUGCAGCAUAAAGUAGUGAGUUUUGUGUUCGCUAUAAGGGCUGUUUGUGAAUAAUAUACCGAAUUAGGAAGUGUUAGCAAGUCCUAAGUCUUUGAAGUAAGCCUUCUAAAACCAAACAAUUGAACAAAUAUUGGAAGUUGAUAACGUUCUGAGAACGUUCCAAAAAAGUCAGUUCAUGUUCCAGAGCAAUUUAAGUCAUCAAAUAUAACCCAAGAGAUCAGAAAACGUUGAUUUGUCCUUAAGCAUACCGCAAUCAAAUUUCCAAUCGAACGGAUACGACAUGGGCGAUCAGACUUUUCAUACUCCCAGUUUCGGUGAUGAGGAAUUCGACAUACCGGCCAUCAAUCCACAACAGCAACAGCAACAGGGCCAUUCCGAUCAGCAACACUAUCAGCCUCCUAUGCAGGGCAUGCAACAGAUGAAUCAACAAAUAAACCAGCAGCAGGAUGCUCUAGGCAUGCACGAUCCGACAGGAGGGUUUCAACAACCCCUGUAUUUAUCGGGGCCCGAUCACAGCAUGGUCAAUAAUUCGUAUCACAGUCCUCAGCCGAAUUAUCCAUCGCCCCAGCAGCAACAGCAACACAACAAUCAGUUGCUGAUGAUUCAACAGCAGCAGCAGCAGCAGCAACAUCAUCAGCAACAGCAGCAGCAACACCAUCAGCAAAUGAUGAUGAGUCAUGGACAACCGCCUCCCUCAGCUAUGGGGCAGUACGGGGCUUCCCCGCAACAUCCUCAAGGAAGAGGUAACAGUCCUCCAGCUCCAGGACAGGAGCCGACUACCAGCGAUGAUAGCGAUGAUAGCACUCCACAUCCUGCCAUCAUAACAGCGAUGAAAAGGCCGUCUCCAGAACCGGCCGAUCAGACGUUAACGAAGGCACAAAAGAAACCGAAAGUACAAAAAAAGAAGAAGAAGAGGGACCCUAAUGAACCACAAAAACCAGUUUCAGCGUACGCGCUGUUCUUUCGUGACACUCAAGCAGCUAUCAAAGGACAGAAUCCAAACGCUAGCUUUGGUGAAGUUUCUAAAAUUGUGGCUUCCAUGUGGGACGCUCUAGAUUCCGAACACAAAAAUGUAUACAAGAAGAAAACCGAGGCUGCCAAGAAGGAAUACUUAAAAGCUCUGGCCGCUUACAGAGCGAGCUUAGUAUCUAAAGGUGCUGGAGAAAACGAGGGAAUGUACAGUAAUUAUCCGAACUACCAAGGCGGCGCACCACAACAAUAUUCGUCAUACCAACCACAGGGUACCAUACCGUCACCGCCCAUGUCUGCCCCGCCGUCUGCUACCCCUCCCGCCCAAUCGCCAAUUGGAAAGAAACCUCCCAUGAUGGGCGGCAUGCCACAGUCGCCACAACAGGGACAUCAGGGAAUGAUGCAGCCAGGAAUGGGGCCUGUGCCAAACCACAUGAAUAUGCAACAACACAUGCAACAGUCCCAGCAACACAAUAGUUAUAUGCAACAGUUUAUUCGUUUUUCUACCCAGGUUCCUCAGCAGCAACACGUACCAAUGUCACCACAGCAACAGCAACCACACGUUUCAGUAUCACCCCAUAGUCAUAUGCAACAGCAAUCCCCCCACAUGCAACAACACAUGAGUCCCCCACCGAUGGUAUCCAGUUCCCCUCCCGUUUCAGCCCCUGCCCCUUCCAUCCCUACAUCAGUAUCCCAACCUAAUGUUGGACAAGGUCCCGGAAUGAGACCACAAAAUGCUUGUAUACGUCACGGAUGCCCCAACCCUGCCAUAACUAAUCCUGAAUGGGAAGACGAAUACUGUAGUAAUGAAUGCGUCGUCAGCCACUGCCGGGAUGUUUUCACAGACUGGGUGUCGGCCAACAAGAACCAAUCACAGAAUUUCUCCACAGUUAAAUAAAUUCUAGAUUAGGGGCAGUUGCAAAAUUAUAAAAAGUUAAAAAAUUAGUAGCAAUACCAACUGAAUCUACAAUAUUUUAUGCUAGGCAGGAUUGAAAGUUGAAAUCAGGUUUCGAUAAUGUGUAAUAGUGAGAGGAUAGUAUAAGAAUUGUAAAUAAAAUGAUAAUCAUUUAGCAUGUGAGGUUGUAUUGAAGCAAUAGACGCAAUACGAUUUCAUUUUAAUAGGUAUACAAUACUAAAUAAUAUUGUAAUACUAGUAUUAUACGUUGUAUAUUCCUCGUAAGGUAGACAAAAAUGAUUCCGAUAAUGAAAAUCAAAAUUUUCACUAUUAUUAGAAAUUAAAAAAAAACCUAAGAAAUAAGUUGCAAGUAUUUUUAACUAGUACUUUAGAAAUAUGGGUUUUCUAGGGAGUUUAAAUAUUUCGAAUUCUUGAAAGUAGAAAAAAAAAAGAUCUGGAGCCGCUACAGUACUGUUACAAGUGCAUGUAAAGAGCUAAAAAUGACACUUACUCAGUGUUAACAGAUCAUCAAUGGUGUUGGAAAGUCAUGACGGCAGGUAAGAUGAACGGAGUUUAAACUUUUCAAACUGAAUCAAGGAACAGUUCUUUGUUCAGUGUUGGCCUUCUAUGGUAAUUAACAAUAGGUUAAAGUACCGAAGACAUUUUCUUUUAAAUACUCUUAUCAGUCAAAGUUUCUUUUUAGGGAUUUAAAUAGGAAUUAACGUCUUUUUGUCAAAACCACUCUUACAGCGCAAUAUUCCAUACAUAUGUUUUGUUGCUGUUUUUAUGAACAAUUUUUGAAUCCAAAGUUUGCAAAAGUAUAUGAUUUUAAAAAGAAAUCUUGCCAGCUGCUGGAAGGGUGGGGGUAACAUUUUGGGCGCCCAACGUGGGGCAACUAAAAAAUAAAUUCAACUCAAAUAUUUCUACUUUCAUUAAAAACAUAACGGAUGGGCUUACGAGACCUACGCCCUCGUUAACAAGGAGAUAGUAAUCUAGCAUAUAAAAGAAUCUUAACGAGUAGGUAUUUUUUGGAUAUCGAAUCAUAAACGGACCGUCUAUUUACUCCGCUACUACGCUUACUAGUUCUCGAAGAAAAAGUUUUUGUCUGCCUUAUUAAUAAAAAAAUACAUUGUUAUUUCAUGCUCUGUAAAUGCAUGUACUCCUUGAUAAAAUUUGUAGUUAGAUAUGUCCAAAGUACAUAAUAUUGAGACAAAUACUUUAGUUCUUAUAUUUAGGUCUCUAUUGCGAGAAAAAGUAUCCAGAUCUGUCAUCCAGGAUGAGGAGCAAAUGUGUACUUUGACGGUUAAAUUGAUUUAAAAUACAAACCAGGAAAAAUAAAACAACAGAUUUCAAAUGAAACACUGUAUUUUGAAUUGCACUAUAGAUGACUUUACUCAUACCUAUAAAGAGAAGUAUCUAAAGAGUAACACGCAAGAUAUCAAAUGAUAUUACGAUAACAACCUUACUUUUCUGAAAGAUCUAUCGCUGCCAGUGUAUUAGAUAUAUGUAUAUUUGACACAUUAAGGCAGUCUAGUAGUGUUACAGCAUUUACAAUGAAUGGAGAAUGAUUGUCGUAGAAUUAAAUGGGUCGAAUAUGAGCAGAAGAGUUGCAGAAGGGUAAGAAGAGGUUAGUCGUACUGUUAAACAAGCUAUAUGAAAGCUAAGCGGGGCAAAGAAAGUAAAUGAUGAAAAGUAUCAGGAGAUAUCAUGGCAUCGACUCACGGCAUCUGAGAAAUUCAGGUCAAGAAGGAAUGGCGUAAGGUUGGCUGUGACGCAUCCCGUAAAAAAAACUAAGUAACUCUUCCAAACAUUCUUCAAAGUUUGUUAGUCUCUGAUACUUUGCCCAUUUAUAGAUAUGGAUAACACAAACAAAAAAUUGAAGCAAAUACCAUGCAACUAUCGAGUUUUUUUAUGUAAACGAAUUAAGAUAUAUUCUGCAGCAUAUACAUAACUUAAACUAAUAAAAAAAUGUGUUCAGCUGAACGAUAUCGACUGAUUUUUUUAACCGACAAGGUACCAUUUGCGCAAGAAACCAUUUUAUCAAAAAUAUGUUAGUAUUCUUGUUAAAAUGUGACUGUUAGUAUGAUUGACUCAUUCUAUUUUGUUAUUUUUACAUAUGUUUUUUUUUAUAUUAUCUCCACAGAGUAGUUUAAACUGUACGUUUCUUGUGCUGGAUUUUUAGGGAUUUAUUACGGAAAUAAUAAAACAUGGUGCGGACUUUUUAAAAUACUCUGUUUUAUAUAGAAUCUGAACACAACCGAAAUUUGAAAAGAUAUAUUCAAAUUUAGGAACGUAUUGUGCAUAUUUAUAAUUUUGUAUUAUGUAUUUUUUCGUUAAUAAAGACGCUUUGUAGGUAGAA